AUGUCUUCCUGGAAUCCAGAUCGUCUCAGUCAGUUCGACUUGACCCAACCUGUUCAGCAGACACAGUACGCUGAGUCUCCUGAGAUUGGUGUGCGUUCAGCAGCCGCAGUAGAAGGAACACGUCUUGUUGUUGAAGAACAACAGGCCAAGUCACCAGCUCAAGUCACCCAGCCUGCAUUCGGCAUUUCACCGUGGUCUCCUUGGUCGCAAGAUCAGUUCAUUGGUUUGUUCAACGCAGAGAAGAAGAUGGCACGUUCCAAUAGUAGCAAACGCAAGAUCGGCAAUGGAAAGUCAACUCUGGUUGCAAGGAAGAAGAAGCCGUCUUCUUCUUCGAAACAAGCCCCCAAACUUCCUCCUGCCGCAGCUGUUAUGCCCACCGCCAAUGGAAGUCCACCCAUGCCACCAUUGCGUGCUGGAGUGGACAAUCGUCGUGGUGUCUGUGAAGUCAUGGGGAAUGAGAAGUGUCCAUACCCCAACCUCGAAAAUUACAGGCACAAGUGUAGCUCUUGUGGACUGUAUGUCCACGCUAUUGCUCCCUGUACCGGUGCUCAAACCAGCGAUGGGGCACUGAUCUGUAGUCUUUGCGUGGCUGUUGAAGAAAGGUCCAGCGAUGGUGAAGAAAGCGAGGAUGGUAAGUUGUCCCCUGACAUGUUGGCUGCCUCCAAAGCUUCUGAGAAUGUGGAGUCUGAUGAUGAAGAGGACGACGAUGAUGAAGAUGAGACCCAGCUUGCUGCAACUUCUCAGAGAGUUCCUGCAGCCGCUCCUCGCCAAGAUAUUCAGCAGAGGGCUUCUCGCGCUGAGGAAGUGUCUCAGCUUCUCAAUGGUACUCAGCAGAAGGAAAGGCAGAAGCGAGGAAAGAACUUCACUCCAGAGGAAGACGAGUGUCUUUCUCAAGCCUGGGUGAGCACAACAAUGGAUUCGCGCAACGGCAGUGAUCAGAGGCAGUCAGACUUCAACAAGAAGCUGUACAGCAACUUUCAAGACUUGGUCGAGGAUCUCAAUGGAGAUGCUGAUCCCCCUUGCCCUCCAUUGCCCAUGGACCGAAAGCAGAAGAGUGUUGUUGCGCGAUUCGGUACCAUCAAGCAGAGCACUUUUCCUGUCGCUCUGAUAACUUUCUGGAAAAGCAUUGGUAAGAGACAAAGGGACAAUUCCAGAGAGAUAAAGGUAACCAUGGAUCUUUCCCAAAGGUCUUCCAGCGGGGACAAGACGGGUGGGUCGUCCCCCAACAAGUUUUCUGGUCCAUCGAGCUCUGCUGCCCAGGCUGCGUCGUCGCUUGCCUUGUUGUUGCAGGAAGAUAUUCUGUUGGCCGACUACAAUCUUCAUGUGUCGGGUAAAACGGAAGAGGUAGCAUUUGCCUACUCGGCGGCAUUGCUCCAGAAUGAAGAGGCAGGCCAUGUCACCCAAAAGGCAACUGAUGCCUUGGCAGAAGUUCAACGAAAGCUUGCCCUAGUGGAAUCUUUGGCAGAGCGUGUGAGCCGGACAAGUCCAGCAGCUGUGGCAGCUCCGCUGUUACGAUUGCACGGGUACGAAGCUCACCAAGAAGAGGAAAAGGAUCCAGCCGGCACUUCCAAUGCUACUACAUUAACCACUAUCCGAGAACGAGGUGAAAGAAUCAAGCGACAAGGUGAAGUUCUCGAUGGUGUAGCGCGGCGCGUCGAGACAAGCCUCAAGAGAGGAAUGAAGCGAAUGGAGACUGUCACCUCUCGCCUUUCCCGAGUGCUUGCCUUGUCGGCGACAUUGAAAAUGAUUUUAAGAGUCAAGUUUGAAUCAUCCAAGUUAGACGGAUACGACUUGGAAGAUUCCAGGGAUUUAACCAGAGCUGCUGCCUCGGUCGCUGUUAUUGAGGACCUGCUCUCUCGUCCCGAGUUGAAUGGCACACAGCCAAUCCAGGCCGUAGAGGAUCUUAGGCCUUCGAUUGUUCGUACGGCAUCUGCAGUGCGCGCGGCUGCUGCUAAAUUAUUGGAAAGUCACAACAGGAGUGCUGCUGUUUCAACAUCUUCGGUUGUCCUCCAGCUAGGAACGACGCUGCAAGUGUAUUAUCAUUUGGGAGAAUUGCCACAGGCUGCUUGGAGUGCGGUUGACCAUGCCAUUGCAUCGGUGCAAAAAGUUACCUCGGCAUUCUUUUCGGCCAAAAACAUCACUUCCAUCACUGAUGAUGCUACCAGCGAAGCCAAGCGUCUAGCUGGAAGUAAAUUUAGUGACGCGCAAGGCCAAAGAAUGCUCAAGAAACAACUCAAGGACUACAGGGCGGCGGCAGCUUCAAAGUGGGCCACGGGAAUCACAGAUGCGGCACUCCGUGUGUGGAAUUUGCAUCGCGUGCUCUGCCGCAAGACAGAUCCCGCCCAGAGACUGGUUUAUGUGGAUGUUGUGUCACAGGCAGAGAUUCCAGAUCAGUACAAACGUUCCAACAAAAACAACUCGAGUUUUAUCAUUUUUUCGGCUUUCUGGGAGAAAAUGUGUGAGGUGCUCGCCAGUCGUCUCAUGGAAACCUUGGAACAAGACAGCCAAAAACUCGCGGCUGACACUGCGGCCCUCUACCCUGCAGCCAGAACAGCCUCUUUGGAAAUGAUGGGUUUCCUUUCGGAUACCAUGCAAUCGGGAGUUGGGACUGUGGCGCUGGACGAUGGAUCGUCCUCGUCUCCUAGCGGCAUUCUCGGUGGAUCUGUAGGACUGGAUGAUCAGUUCAUUGGUUGGAGCUCCCAGAACAACACUCAAGUAGCGGAAGCCGCUGGGUUGGGUAUGGACAGUGCCGACAGCUGGACAAGGACGGACCGCAAUCCCUCCGUUCCGGAUGAAAAGGUUGUUUCUUCUGCAUCAGCUCUGUCCCUGUCCGUUAUCCUACAGUCACCAGAAUGGAAACUACUCGAAGGAAGCAAGGCUUCGCAAGGUGGACUUUAUCCACUCCAGAGUGCCUUCCAAGAGGAAAGCAUGAAAAGGUUGUGCGCUCCUUUGCAAUUCAUGUUUCCUGAGAAUAUUGCUCUGGAUGAGACUGGAAUGGAAGCUGCUACGCUGCCGAUGCUUCCCUCCAAAUAUGAUGUGCAGCGAUUCGACACCAUAGUUCGAGAGGAAUUGUCCACUGCAGACAAGCGGGAAGGCGGUGGUGAUUUGUCUGCCAUAAAGAUGAUUGCCGGUUCGAUCUGCGAGAUGGUGCGCUUGUUUUGCAAGCAAGCCCAAAACGCAGUUUGUUCCCCUCCCGAUUCUGCUUGUUUGACUCCAGAAGGAUCUACGACAACAACCAUGCAGCAUGACGUGAAGGUCACGAAGAUUCUGUACACCUUGACGACGUACUUGAGGCAAACCCCGGAGAAGGUUUUUAUUGCGCCCUACAAACCUGCAACCAGUCCUCAACAUGAGGAAGCUGCCAGGAUUUGCCAAUCUGCCUUGAUGCCUGCAAUCAACACCCUUGAUCAAAUGGUCAAAACCAUUCUUUCGCCUCUAAUUCGCGCUUUGAACCAGCGAGUGGCGUCAAUGAUUGCUCGUAUCCAUGCUGGGGCGUACCACGACGAGAGCCAGAGUAGCAGCCCAGACGCUGAGAAUCUUUCGUUUGUUCAAAAGCAUCUAUCAAAGACGUUCGACGCGAUUGCUGCCAACCAACUUGCGAAGCUGCCACCAGACUACGGAGCGACGGUUGCGUCGGCUGUAGCAGCUUUUUCGAUGUACACGUUCGUGUCAAAUGUCGCGCUGAUCAGACCCCUCAGCACCGCUGGUAGACUGGCUGUCGUUCAAGAUCUUGCUGACUUCGAGUUGAUCCUAGAUCAGUUCGUUGUCAAAUGCGGGUCUUCCCUCUCCCUCGGAAAGAUUGAAGGGGGCAAACCUUACAGCGAACUUCGUGCUGUCCGCAUGAUGCUGUUUUGGAAUGGGCUUGAAAACAAGGAGAAUCAAGCCAGUGCAAUUGCAAAGACAAUGCUCAGAGAAUCCUGGAUUAAAGAUGUGCGCACAUCAACGGUCUGUCACUACCUGUUUUCGUACGCGCCAAGUCUGUUGUCCUCGCCUCACCAUUCAAAGCGGAUGCGAGAAGAAGAGUAUGUUGGGACCAUGGUAGGUCUAGAUGCUGGCACCGAGGAAGGUGAAGCAAAGGCCUGGAUGGCCAUCAUGGCCUGCUGCGAUGCGUAUCAGCAACGAGAAAGCGUCGAACGAGGCGGAUCAGAUGGUGACCCUAGAGUCGCCAGUAUCCUGAUGACCUUGGGUCCAGAGUUGUUGAGAGGCUCUCGUCGCCAUUAG